AUCGACACGCCGAAACAUUCUUAUCCUGGCAGGCGUCAGGCAGACGGAACUCGUGUUAGUAACACGUAAAGCGCCGAUGAUGGUAGGCACCGUUCACAGUUGGUGCGAAUAUUGCCGUUUAGAGUACAGUGUAGAUCGUUUCGGCGAAAUACCCCAAAACGUGGCGUUUCACUGAAUACUGUGUCACAUCUGAAUCGCCCUGCAGUCUCACGCAACCAACCACGGACAGCGAGAAAUUGCUCUGGUCAUUCAGUUUCGCUGCUUUUGGGUGUCUCUGCCCUCUUGCAUUUUUCCACUUCCGCUCCAAUUGUUCGAAUUAAACGUUGUGACAGCGGCAGAGAAUGGUCCGGCAAAUUCGUAUAUACCUCGACAAUCCUAUAGCGACGUAUUACGGAGGCGAUACUGUAACGGGAAAAGUAUUCGUCAAAGUAGACGACGAGGAAAAAAUCCGCUAUAUUUCUGCAAAAUUUAGAGGUGAUGCCAAUGUAAGCUGGACUGAAUCGGAUUCAGAAACAGACAGUGAUGGCAAGUCUCAUACUGUCUAUACUACAUAUUCAGCACAUGAAAACUACCUCAUGACAAAAAUGUACUUAGUUGGUGGUCCAUCUCAGGAGAUCAUACUUCCACCAGGAGAGCAUAUUUAUAAUUUUUCUGUUAUACUACCAGAAAAUCUGCCAUCCUCAUUUGAGGGGAUAAAUGGUAACAUUCGUUACAUGGUCAGAGCAAAAAUGAAUCGUGUAUGGGCAUUUGACGAUACAGUUAAAGCUUUCUUCACUGUUUUGUCACAUUUAGAUUUGAAUAAGGAUCCCUUGGUCAAGGAACCAGUUACAACUGUUGCUGAGAAAACAUUAUGCUGUUGUUGCUGUAGGUCUGGUCCUCUGACUUUGGUUGGCAAUGUUCCAGCUGUUGGAUUUGUUUCUGGGCAAGAGAUACCUGUGACUGUAGAAGUUGAUAAUGGAACAAAUGAGACAAUAAGUAUUGUUACCUGUUCUCUUAAGAAGAAUGUAUGCUUCACUGCUCAUUCACCCAGCACACGCACAAAUAAAACAUCAGAGAAAGUAGAAACUAUCACAUUUGAGCCUGUGGGUGAAAAUGAAUCUAAAACAUGGACCAAACAGUUGAAAAUUCCGAGUUUGCCUCCAUCCACUUUGAAGAAUUGUGGCAUCAUUGAUCUUGAGUACUGCUUGGAUAUCAAAGCUGAAAUUAGUGGGCCACACACAAACUUACAUGUAAACAUCCCAAUAACAUUAGGAACCAUUCCCCUCUUUACAUAUAUCCCACCUGGGUUGCUGCAAAAUACUCCUGAAAAAUUACCCCUACCGCCUACAGCCUCAGCACCAUAUCCACCACCAUCAUCACAGUUCCCUACAGCACCAUAUCCUGCAAAUACUGCAGCUGAUAUCACAUCUGGCACAAGUCAGCUGGGAUUCUCAAAUGUACUGUUACCACUGCCAAGUCAGUCAAAUCUGACUCCAUCUGCACCACCACUUCCAUACCCAGAUAUUCCACCUCCUUCAUAUGAAGAGUGUAUGUAUGGAGCAAGUAAUGUGAAUGUAGGAGAUAAUGCAAGCCACACAGAAGAGGGAUACAAUCACGUUCCAAGAUAUCCCACAUACAACUUACAUCCUGGGGAAGCCACCGGAAUGUGAUAACUUCUCAUGCAAGGCCAUAUGGAUACGCAUACUAGUCCUGGAAUUAUUUGUGAAUCACAACCACAGUGCAGAGACAGCAAUCUAAUAGGAUUAUGAAAAGUUAUUACCUAAGUACAGAAAGCAUGGAGCUGCUAGUUUAUCUGGAUCAUGAGAUUGAUUACAAGGCUCCAUUUGGAUGAAGAGUACCAGAUUAUGAAUCAGCAAGGCCUAAAUCACUGAAGAUUGAAGAAGUGAUCCACCAUAAGAAGAUACAUCUAAUCAAGUUACCUGCAGGACCAGCCCUUUGCCAGUGUGUGCCCUUCAGCUGGUAACUUGCCACUACCAAAUAUCCGACUGAUGCCAACUCCUGACCAAUAUUCUAUCUGUUUUAGUACCCGCUCACAGAAAUGACUUUUGCAAAUUUCCCACAAGUGACAGAGCCAGUUGAGACCUGCACCAAAGAAAGCAUUGUGGCACUUGAUGUGAACUAGAUUCCAGUUCUUGCUCAGAGAUGGAGUCAGCUUCCAGCCUAAAUUUUUGUCUCAUUAGAAUUAUUUACCAUCUUGCAUAGAUGGAUUUAUUAGACAGCGAGCUUUGGCUGAUCAGUGGUUUGUGUUGAUUGUGUAUUCAGGCACUGCACCCCAAAUAAUUACAUAAUCUGCAGACAGAGGUAUAUGUGGUCUUAAUGGCAAUGGGGUAAAUGAGAUGAAUAUGAGCUACAAAAUUCCUUAUCUGCUCUGUUUGUAUUAGUGUGCUAUAACCAUUCAUUGCACAUACCCAGCAGAGAAGUCUGUCCAGUUCACACAGGACACCUUUCUAUGCCUUCAAGAUCCAGGGAGGGUGAAGAUAUCAUGCUGAAAACUAGGGCUUAUGGGAUUCAGGGCAAUGAAUUUGAUGAUAACUGGCAAGGAGGACAUUGGAAGACCUACAGUGGCAAAAUUUGAAGUGACUGCUGCAGAGUGGAACCACACAUCAUUGGGAAGAUCAGGAUUUAACUUCCUGCCAAAGAUGAGGUUAUUAGAUGUAAAGCACAAACUCAAGCUGCGGGAAGAAUGGAUAAGGAAUUCAGCCAUGCCCUUUUUAAGAUAAAUCUGUUUAAUGCCAUUAAUUUAAUUAUUUUGUUUACUGUUUUGCAAUUUUAUUUAGUGUUUAAGUAAUACUGUAAUCUAUUUGAUUAAAGUUAUUUCAAUUUUCUCAAUAAAAUUUUAAUUCAGUAUAUACUAACAGAAAUUAGUUACUCUCACUGUGGACAAAGUGAUUUUGUUUGGUGAUAUACUGCAGGCAGCACAGUGUUUUUUGUGUAACUCAAUAUGGUUUCUGAAGCAACCCUGCAUUAUUUGGUAGGUGACUGUGCUAAAUUAUAAUUUUUCAGGGUAUAUUUCUGACUGCCAUCUCCAACAGUUUUAGCUACAUUUACCAUUGUACAAUUCUGUUGCCUCAGAUAAUGCAAGAGUUCAUAAACUACUAUAAACACCAUUAGCUCAAAUUCUUGUCAAAGAAAUAAUUUUGCAGUAACAACAUCUCUGUCUUAUAUUCAGUUAAUAAUGUAUUCGAUUUUUAUAAUUUGUCUGGAUAACAUUCUAACUUUUCUUUUUUUUGUACUCUGAGUACUCAUGAUAUUGUAAUCCCUUAUCUAGGCAGAUGUUCCAAUUCCUCAUAAUUCAGUGUUAUGAAUGAGGGUUACAUAUCAGUCAUAAGACAUUGUACACAUAUUUGUGUGGAAGGCAGUUCAAAUCCCCAUCCAGUCGUCAACAUUUAGUUUUUCUAUGAUUUCCCUAAAAUGCAAGUGAAUCCCAGGAUGGUUCCUUUGAAAGAGCACAGCUGAUUUCUUACCUUGCCUUCCUUCAAUACAAUUUCAUACUCCAUUCUUAUGACCACUGAUAAUGUUUCAUUAAACUCAAGCCUCUUUUUGUCUGUGUUGUAAUAGCAGAAGCUGAACCAUAUUAAGAAUUUCUUCUAUGUUUAGUAAUUAAUACUAAAACCUCAGAAUGAAACGCAGAUGUAAACGUUCAGUGGUUCCAGUAGAGGACAGAAAGUCACAAAUGAAAACUUAAUAAUUUUGAUUACUCUUGUUAUUUCUAACUUUUUCCUGUAAGUAGCCAAGAAGAAAACACCUCCAUUUCAGAAAUUUAAUUUUUUAUUUUAUUUUAUCAGCUCUUAAAUAGGAGUUUAUUUUUAUUUUUAUGUGACUGCAAUUUUAUUUGAACAACUUCUUAAAAAUUGAGUUUGUUUACAAUAAAUAUGUGUUCUCGCC